GGCAUGUUAAGACUGGGCAGCUAGCAGCAAUCAAAGUGAUGAAUGUGACUGAGAAUGAAGAAGAUGAAAUCAAGCUAGAGAUAAAUAUGUUAAAAAAAUAUUCUCAUCACCGGAAUAUUGCUACAUAUUAUGGUGCAUUUGUUAAGAAAAGUCCAGCAGGCCAAGAUGAUCAGCUCUGGUUGGUGAUGGAGUAUUGCGGUGCUGGCUCCGUGACGGACUUGGUAAAGAAGACCAAAGGGAACUGCUUCAAGGAAGACUGGAUUGCGUACAUCUGCAGAGAGGUUCUCAGGGGCUUAGCACAUCUUCAUGCUCACCAUGUCAUCCAUCGAGAUAUUAAAGGACAGAAUGUUCUGCUCACAGAAAAUGCAGAAGUAAAGCUGGUGGAUUUUGGCGUAAGUGCGCAGCUGGAUAGGACCAUUGGGAGGAGAAAUACGUUUAUUGGAACUCCGUAUUGGAUGGCGCCCGAGGUCAUUGCUUGUGAGGAGAACCCAGACUCUACGUAUGAUUACAGAAGUGACCUGUGGUCCCUGGGAAUCACUGCGAUUGAAAUGGCUGAAGGAGCCCCUCCCCUGUGUGACAUGCACCCCAUGCGAGCGCUCUUCCUCAUCCCCCGGAACCCGCCUCCAAAACUGAAAUCCAGAAAAUGGUCAAAGAAAUUCCUUAACUUUGUUGAAAGCUGCCUCGUUAAAAAUUACUUGCACCGUCCCUCCACAGAGACCUUGCUUAAGCAUUCCUUCAUCCGAGACAUGCAGAAUGAACGGCAAGUGCGCAUCAUGCUGAAAGACCACCUGGACAGGACCAGGAAGAAAAGAGGAGAAAAGGAAGAAACAGAUUAUGAUUACAGUGGAAGUGAGGAGGAAGAUGAUGAGCCGAAUGAAGAUGAAGGAGAGCCAAGCUCCAUAGUUAAUCUCCCAGGAGAGUCAACUCUCCGUCGGGAAUUUCUGCGGCUGCAGCAAGAGAACAAAAACCGUUCUGACCCUCAUCGGCAGCAGCAGCAGCUGAAGGACCAGGAGAAAUACAAGAAGCAGCUGCUGACUGAGCGGCAGAAGCGAAUAGAGCAGCAGAAAGAGCAGAGGAAGCGUCUGGAAGAUCAUCAAAGGCGAGAGCAAGAGCUCCGGAGGCAGCAGGAGUGUGAGCAGAGGUGGCCAGAGGCUAAGGCUGUGCAACGGACGGAGGACAAAAGGACUGUGGAAGAUGAGCAGUGCAUGCUGGAUGGCCUGGGAAGAUCAGAAAAGAAACAGAAAAAGCUGGAAGACGUGCAGCAGCACAACAAGAAGGUUCAUCGAACUCUCCCCAAAGACCAGACACAGCUGCUGUCUCUCCAGCACGACCACAAACAGAAGAAAAAGGAGCCUCCCAAAAGUUCAGUUGCAGCAGCACAUCCUCCAGCAGGCAAUACAAGCAAAGAGGCUGAGGACCGAAAAAAGAAAAGUGACGGCAUCCAGCCUUCCCUGCAAUGGUCAGCGGUGCUUGGGCACGAAGCUGCCCCCCACGCUAGGAUGGGCUCUGGCAGUAGCUCCAGUCCUUGCACGCCUGCAAUGCAGAGAGCUGUGUUAGUACAGUGUGAAAAUUUCCGGGCUAGUAGAGAUGCAUACCACAGCAGUUCGCUGUCAGAUAUGGUGACAACACCAGUCAGCCCUGGACAGGACGAUGUAUUCUGGAAUAUGAGUCAAAAUGAAGAACAGCCCCCAAAGGUUCCUGAAAGGACAACCUCUAAAUUUUACGGCAGGGAUCAGCCUGGCCAUCAGAGAUGUCUUUCAAGUAACACUCAUCAGCUGUCCCCUGGGGGGCACAUUCUGAAACUAAGCGGCAGCAGUGGCUCUCCUGGCAACAAGCAGUGGGAGAUGGGAUCUCAUCAGAGCAACCGAUCAACCGCAGGGAAUCCAGGCCUGGCCAAGGCAGAGACUGUGUUGUCCCAGAACCACUUGCAGCAGCCCAAGAAGUCUGAAAAAACUCCUCAUCCAGGCCAGAUUGCAAGUCCAGGAUCCUUUGCCAAGGGGAAGGACAAUGCCAAUUUAUUUUUAAAAGCAGCAGACUAUUCCUCAUCUAGUGAUGAAGUCGGCAGCAGCGAUGAAGAUGACAUGAACCACACAAGGCAACUGCUAAGUAACCGAGUGGCAGAUUUCUCAAGGACAAGAGUACCAGAUGGAAUUGAACUGAAACCCCAAAGCACUGUCACAGAACAGAAGGAUCCGAUUUUAGGGAAACAACUUUCUAGCACCCAAGAAGGCCUCUGGAGUGUGAACAACCAGAACUAUCUCCUGCCAGAUCUCCUCCAGCAAAGCCAAGUUUCAGACUCUUCUGUGAACCAGUUAAAAGUACCACUAACUAGCCAGGAACCUCAGAACAAAUCUGUGAAUAAGACACCGUGCACUGAAAGUACGCCUUCCAAAAGCAGUACAUCAUCUACAACAUCAUUUACUUCAUUCAUAGAUCCUAGACUUCUGCCAAUCACCCCUCCCACCAGUCCAGUAGGACUUCCCUGUAAUUCUCCAUCUAGUGCCAAACCUGAGCCUGUCAGGAGAGAGAAUGUGAGGAAGGGCUCUGUUGUCAACGUUAACCCAACAAAUAUCCGCCCGCAGAGUGACAGUCCAGAAAUUCGUAAAUACAAGAAGAAAUUCAACUCGGAGAUCCUGUGUGCUGCUUUGUGGGGAGUGAAUUUACUGGUUGGAACAGAGAAUGGGUUAUGGCUGUUGGACAGAAGUGGGCAAGGAAGAGUUUAUUCCCUAAUUACAAGGAGACGAUUCCAGCAAAUGGAUGUUCUGGAAGGACUCAAUGUGCUAAUUACUAUAUCAGGGAAGAAGAAUAAGUUAAGAGUGUAUUACUUAUCGUGGCUAAGAAACAAAAUUUUACGCAAUGAUCCAGAGGUGGAGAAGCGGCAAGGCUGGGUGUCUGUGGGUGAGCUGGAAGGCUGCGUACACUACAAAGUUGUAAAAUACGAGCGAAUUAAAUUCCUUGUAAUUGCUUUGAAAAACUCAGUGGAAGUUUAUGCUUGGGCUCCAAAGCCUUAUCACAAAUUUAUGGCUUUUAAGUCCUUUACGUCACUUCAUCACAAACCACUGUCAGUUGACCUGACAGUUGAAAAUGGACAAAGAUUAAAGGUGAUAUAUGGCUCCCUAGUUGGCUUUCAUGCUAUUGAUGUGGAUUCUGGAUCUGUGUAUGACCUGUACCUUCCAACACAUAUCCAGGGGACUAUUCGCCCACAUGCCAUUAUCAUCCUCCCGAAUACCAGUGGAAUGGAACUUUUACUUACCUACGAAGAUGAAGGCAUAUACAUUGAUAUAUAUGGGCACUUCACAAAGGAAACUGUUUUACAGUGGGGCGAAAUGCCAGCAUCUGUAGCUUAUCUUCAGUCAAAUCAGGUCAUGGGCUGGGGAGAGAAGGCAAUCGAGCUACGCUCUGUGGAAACGGGCAAUCUGGAAGGAGUAUUCAUGCACAAGAAAGCACAGAAGCUAAAAUUUCUAUGUGAAAGAAAUGACAAGGUAUUCUUUGCAUCUGUACAGUCAGGAGGCAGCAGUCAAAUUUACUUUAUGACUCUUGGUCAAAAUGUUCUAUUCAACUGGUAAAUCACAUCAAAAUGAAGGAUACUUUGAAUUCCCUCUAGCUAGCAGUGUAAAAUGCUUGGAGGUAAUACAGACGAAUUUGCACUUUUUACCUACAAGAAUCCUGACAUUAUUAACUUAUCAAAAUUCAUAUCCUUUCAGUUUGGAAAGAAUUCCAUUUUCCUGUCAAAUUAUUGCAAACAUGUUUAGUUCCAUUUUCUAAAAUGUGUUGCAAACAAAGAUGGUAUUCACGGUGUUAGCAAAGAGCAACUGUAAUGAAGAAUGUAGUCAAUAUAACCAAGUCCUCUGCUAUGAAAAGUGUACCUUUUUCUGUUUUCUACAGUGUAAUACAGCUAGCUUGAACUGAAGACUUUUUUUGGAUGACAACAGUGUACAUAGAUAUAAAACAAAUCUAUUGGGUGACAAAUUGGAAUCUGCUUUAUUUUGA